AUGGCGCCAGCUCCAAUUGAGUCGACAUUGCCCGAAUCGUCGUCUGCGAGCUCCCCCUAUGUUCCUGAGAGAUCUGAAGCUGAGAAUCGUCGUUUCAAAGACCUUAGAAGUGUGCAAUGGCGCAUAAAUCUUGGGAUUUUGCCCUCUUCUUCUUCUUCUUCCAUUGAUGAUCUUCGUCGGGUCACAGCUGAUUCUAGAAGGAGAUAUGCUGGACUGAGAAGGCGCCUUCUGGUUGAUCCACAUCCCAAAAAGGAUGGGAGUAGUUCCCCUGAUCUUUCCAUAGACAAUCCGCUGUCACAAAACCCAGAUAGCACAUGGGGUCGUUUCUUUCGAAAUGCUGAGCUGGAGAAAAUGGUUGACCAGGACUUAUCACGUUUAUACCCAGAACACGGGAGCUACUUCCAAACACCAGGAUGCCAAGGAAUGUUGAGAAGAAUUUUGUUAUUGUGGUGUCUUAGACAUCCAGAGUGUGGUUACAGACAAGGAAUGCAUGAACUCUUGGCUCCUCUGUUAUAUGUUCUUCAUUUUGAUGUGGAGCAUCUAUCUCAAGUGCGUAAUCUAUAUGAAGAUCACUUCACUGAUAAAUUUGAUGGUCUAUCAUUUCAUGAAAAUGAUCUCACUUAUAAUUUUGAGUUCAAAAACUCUCCUGAUUCCAUGGAAAAUGAGAAUGGCUCACACGGAAAUGCAUUUAAACUUAAGAGUGUUGAUGAGCUUGAUCCUGAGAUACAGACCAUUGUAAUGCUUAGUGAUGCUUAUGGUGCUGAAGGUGAAUUGGGUAUUAUCUUGUCCGAGAAAUUUAUGGAACAUGAUGCGUACUGUAUGUUUGAUGCUCUAAUGAGUGGGGCCCAUGGUUCAGUUUCUAUGGCAGAGUUCUUCUCUCCCUCCCCUGCUGUUGGAUCCCAUACUAGCUUACCUCCUGUCAUUGAAGCAUCUGCUUCGUUGUAUUAUUUGCUUUCUCUUGUUGAUUCAUCUCUACACAGCCACCUUGUUGAGCUUGGUGUUGAACCCCAGUAUUUUGCUCUCCGCUGGUUACGGGUUUUAUUUGGACGUGAGUUUUCACUUGCAGAUCUAUUGAUAAUUUGGGAUGAAAUAUUUGCAUCUGAUAAUAGUAAAUUAGACAAAGGUUCCGAAGAUGAUGCAGCAUCCAGCUUUGGCAUACUUAGUACACCUCGAGGAGCAUUUAUAUCAGCCAUGGCAGUUUCAAUGUUACUCUAUUUGAGAUCUUCCCUUCUUGCCUCCGAGAAUGCUACUUUAUGUCUUCAGAGAUUGUUAAAUUUUCCUGAGAAAAUAGAUUUGAAGAAGCUGAUACAAAAGGCGAAGUCUUUGCAGGAUCUUGCUUUGAAGAACAAUAGUUCAUCCUUAUUAUUUUCAUACAUUGGGCCCUAUGAACAUAGUAAAUCAAUGGCUGUGAGAGGUCAUAGCCUCUCAGUUGAUUCUUUUUCUCCAAAAACACCACUAAAUCUGGUACCUGAAAGCUACUGGGAAGAGAAAUGGAGAGUUCUGCACAGGGAGGAAGAACUUAGGCAAGAUGGUUUGGAAAAACAGGUUCCAAGCCAGAAAAAGCGAUGGACAGAAAAAGUAAAAUUGAGCCUAUCUAGAACAGAAUCCGACCCAUCUCCAUCAAAACCUGAGAAUGGCAAAAAGAACCCCAGGUUUUCUGUUCGACGAAGGUUGCUGCAAGACCUUUCUCGAGAACUUAGCUCAGAGGAAGAUGGUGAGAAAUUGGGUUCUCACGAAGACGAACUCUCUUCAGAAGUUGAGGUCAACAAAGAAAAUGGUUUCAGUAAGGACCCUACUUCUGCCACCGAGAACAGAUGUUUGAAUGAAAAUCCAGCUAGUGAAGAAAAUUCAUCUGUUUUCUCAGACCCAACUAGUCCUCGUAGUGGGGCUAAUGAUCAUGAACCAGAAUCAGAGAAGAGUAGUGUUGGAUCAAAUUUGUCAGUUGAUGAAAAUUAUGAUAAUUCACGGGAUGUAUCGGAAGACCCACCUCUUCUGGUUUCUGAUCCUUCCAUAGGUGUCUCUCAAACAUCUGAAUGCAACAAUCAUUCAACGGGAAAUUCAGUGAUAGGAAAGGAACGAAAGCUUAUUUCUGGUAAAUUCCCGAGGUUUUGGAAGUUUGGAUGGAAUGCACCUGGUGAAGGGACAUCUGAGAAAGGACACAACGCCCUUGAGGCUACAAAAUCUUCCAGUUGUGAAGGUAAUCAGGACACAACAAGCUCUUCCGUGGCUGAGGGGUCCUGCAAUUAUUUAGUUAGCUCCAAAGGAGAAGCUGUUGACCAGAAUGUGAUGGGUACUCUAAGAAAUCUUGGGCACUCUAUGCUUGAACAUAUUCAGGUAAUCGAGUCUGUUUUCCAGCAAGAUCGGGGUGUUCAGGUUGGGCCAUUGGAGAAUUUUUCAAAAAACACUUUAGUUGGCAAAGGACAAGUUACAGCCGUGACAGCUUUGAAGGAGCUUCGGAAGAUCAGCAAUCUUUUGUCAGAAAUGUGA